AUGCACCCCCCUACCCACACACACACACACGAGGAAAGUCUCUGUUACUCUCGUAACCAGCCUGCGCAUUUUAGGGACUCAGAUACUGUGCGGGUAUGUGUGCGCUGUUGGAUGAUCUCACAGCCGUCAACUCGCCACCAUCGUUCCGCGGAGGAGGCGUCCCACAAGUUUUCAUCGCUCUUCUUCGCAGAAACCACCAAUACGGCCAUGGAGCGUCGUCCCGCACCUCAGGGCCCGGUCGGUGAUGGGCUACCAUCAUUCAAGGCGUCCUUGAGCUCCUCGACAUCGUCGGCAACGGCAGACAUACAAACGCAUGCUACCGCAGCGCAACCUGACUCAGUUCCAUCGAGGUCCAAUACCGUCUGGAAACCCACACGCAGCCCAACAAUCCGGCCGCCUCCCAGCGCCGCUCUCCCUGGGCAUCUUCUCCGCCGACACUCUCAUCUGCUUUCUCCAUCGAGCGAGGGGAUGGCGGCGUCACGCCGAGCUGACGCCGGGAGGCUCCAGGCAUCAGCAGCGGCAUCCUUAGAAUCCGCCCAAGAGUCUGGGGAAACGACAACGCACUCGUCGACACCGCCACCGUAUGCCCUCGUGAUGGACUCGCUCGUGCGUCGCUACCGCGCCGAAGAGGACCGCCUUAGGCAGUGGCGACAAGGUGGCGGUCGUGCCCCCAUCGCUGCCGCACUCCGGCACAGUGGUGUGCAGUCGCAGAGCCGCCAGGGAGAUUCUAUAGAGGAGGAGGGAAUCACUCACGUAGGAUUGCGUGGCAGUAUGGGCGGUGUCUCGAGCGGCCACAGAAGCCGAGGUGCAGAUGGUGGGCUUCGAGGGAAGUUCACACGUUCUGUUCAACGUACCGCCCUCGCGCGGGCUGUGCAGGCCUGGUGGCGGAGCAGAAGGGCGUUGCAACGAAUGAAAAGCAAGGCGAGCAGGCGGCUGUACCCAACGACACUUUCUGUUUCCUCAGCUGCGGUAUCGGGCGCGGAGACACAGCACCUCCGUCACAUGGCGACCGCACUAGUGUCAUCAGCGCCUGCUGCACCGCCUGGGUUGUCUCUGUCGUGGAUAGGUCGAGCGGGCCACAGCAUACUUGGCUGUAUUUCUCAAUCGCUGUCCCUCUCCAGUGACCGGGGGCAGUCGACUAGGUUGGAGCUGUUGCGGCGGGCUGACGCUGCUCAGCUACGUGGUGCCCACAGGGGUGACUACGGCAACCCAGUCUACGACAGCUUGGUAGAGGACCAGCAGUCAUCGGGAACGGAGAGAGCUGAGAUGACGGCAGAGACGGUGUCAACUGGUGUGGUGGCGCCUGUCAUGCCGCUGUCUCGCACGGAGGGUGAAACUGUUCUGGCGCAUCCUCGCAGGCGUGUGCUUCAGCAAACCGCUGCGGGUGCCAGAAGCGGAGCCCUUCAUCGGCAGCUUGCUGUUAGUGGUCGGCUGAUUGACGGUGAAGCAGACCUGCGCAUCUCCUCGGUUUCUUCAACGUGCUCGAGUCGGGGUAGCAACGUGAGUGGUGAAGGCAGAGAAGCAAUUCAAAGUAUUGAGCCUGUGGACGAUCUCAGUCACAGACAAGAGGCAGGUUCGGUGGGCUGGCACGAGGACAAGGGCAGCUUCAUACUCUCGUGGAUUCACGCCCCCCGCAUGCACUUUUCAGAUAGUGGCGAGGCUGCAUCUUCAGACGACGCGGACAGUUCUUUCCGAAACGUGUCACGCCUGUUCGCACAGUCCCGUAUGCGCUUCGCACGCUGGCUGCACCGACAGAAGCGUCUGAAGGCAGCAAAGCGCUCACUGCGUGGUGUGCGUACGUGGUCAAAGCCGACGGCGGCGGAUGCGGAGCACCGUGAUGCAUUCUUGGGUGCACGGUACUCGUCCGCCACGCCUACACCGUUCUCAGCUGCGUCCGAGUUGCAUCGAUGCGCAGCUCAAGCCGCACCUUCGCCGUGGGAAUCGGCGCUGCCACAUACGUGGGGAGACUGGGAUGACAGUGACGAAGUACUCAGGGAUGGAGAGGUAACUGACGGAGUUACGGCUGCUGCGAAGAGGCCAACUCGCGCACAUAUACUGGAGAAGCGGAGAGCGGCCAUUGCGGCAGGGGCGGCAGCGUCUAACGCAGCGCAGGAAAGACUGGUGGAGCGGGAGACGAUGUCGGAGGUGCAGACAUCUGUUGAUGAAGCGCCGGCGCUUUCUCUGGCUGCUCAGCGAACACGUCAGCACGCCGACGAUCUCGCGCGCCUCACUGAGAGUCUGGCGAUGCUCACACUACUCCGCGAAAGGUCGCCCGCAGGAGCCGGGAAUGGCAUUCACGCUCACAGGGCCAACAGCCCCCAGGGCGUGGACCGUGCACCUCCGAUGAUGGUUGGCCAGGAGCAGAAUGCGGUAGCAGUACCGUCGCACCCUUCAGUAACCAAAGUGGCGAACUCUGCACUCCCCACGUGGUCACCAUCCCGGGCGCACGCCUCGUCGAUCAUCUCAGCUGGGCAGCACCGCCGAUCGUAUCACGGCAGCGCACGGGAAGCCCAUGGUGCAGAGUCGCGCACGUGCGAUGGGUGGUGCUGUAAGCACGCGGUAGAGAAGGAGGCCGGAGUGGGUGCGUUUCACAGUCUGCUGACGGACACUACGCACACUCAGCACGAUCUCGCAGUGCGAGCGGUGUACGAGUCCAUCAUGAGCGAGGUAUGCACUUGCCUCGUGCAGCGUGAUGUGGAGAACGCCAUCGACGUGAGCUGCAGCGCGGCAGAUCGUGCGCUGACUCAGUGGAUUGAGCGGCAGCUUAUGCUGGAGCUCACGCAGCCGCGCUCAAGGGAGCGGCAGACGACAGCGGAGGAUCGCGACUCUGCUGCGUACUCAGCGACAACACUGCAGCCACUCGUCUGCACUGGUGUGACUCAACACAUCCGUAGUGGUGUACCGGUGUCGCUCGAGCACCUGCGUCUGGAUGACGUUGAUCGGCAAGCGCUCGCAUCCGUCUACGCGCGCGGCUCGAGCAAUGCCAUUGCCGUGAAGUUUGACACCGAGGGCUACGAGAUUAGCUACAGGCAGCUCGCUUCCUUGAGCCCUCAAUCGUGGUUGAACGACCAGGUCGUCAACAAUUACUUGCAGCUGCUGUGCCUGGAGGCCGAAGGCGCGGCCACCGCAUCUUUUCCCGUGGCCCAGUGCCGUCACCGUAUUGCAUCACUAGGCACGCACUUCUACACGAAGGUGGAGUCAGAAUUUCGACAGCGCUUGGGCGGCUUUAGCGGCCUUCCACCACGUCUGCCGCAGCUUGACUCUAGCAGCGCCAUCUUUCGCUGGCUGCGGAAUCGCAAGCAUUUACUGGAGCCAUACACUUCCUCCGAUCCGCGUAGCGUGCGUGUGGUGCUAGUGCCGGUGAAUAUCGAAGGGCAGCAUUGGGCAUUGGCGGUCUUUCACUGCGCAGACAACCGGUGGGUCAUGUAUGACUCCAUGAGCCGAUCCGAAAGAGCGCGCCAGCGUGGUGCUGUGAUACUGGCGCAUCUCUCGCACGCGUGGUGUGAGUGUCAGCGACAUUUUGGAUUCAUACGCACUGAAGACACGACCGCUGCGACGGCCACCACCGAUGCACGAUACUCACCGUCUUCUGGAGUACUACAACCAUCGCCUUGGGCCUCAGCGUGCGUGGUGGCCGCUCCGUACGUGCCUUUUACCGAUACCUUGAUGAUGGAGGGGCACUCCACUGUCGUCUCACCUCUCGACUCCCUGCAGCCGUACGGCUCACUGGACCACCUGCACCGUGCGGCGAAGCGGAUGCGCCAUCAAGAGGAGCUGUUCGCGGAACAAGCGGGGCAGAGAAAGCUGCAGAGAGCCAGUGAUUCCGGCGGAGGUGACUGGGGCGCAGGUGUAAUUCGCAGCGCGAGUGCUGCGACAGUGUCACUACCGCCGCCUCUCUCGAAGACAGCUGCGACAACACUUCCUGCCGAGCAGCUGAGCGACAGGGAGGUGGAGUGGUUCACUGGUGGGUUCGACCACAUCCCUCAGCAGGCUAACAGCAAUGACUGCGGUGUCUUUGUGUGCCAGGUGGCAUGGUGCGUAGCCCAGGGUGUGGCGGUGAGUUUUACUCAAUCUGACGUCACCCGACUGCGCGAGGUCAUUUUGCUGGAGCUGCUUAACAAGAAGCUCCUGCGGCGGUAUCCAACGGCGAACACGUCGUCGUCGGCCGGUGUUUAG